GGGGAAGGAGGGACAGCCCUGCUGCCCUGCCUGGCUCCAGAGCUCCCGGGAGGGGAGCCUUGGGCAAACCAAACAUGCUGGUCCGCUGGCCAGCCCGGGAGCCAGGCACUGCCCGGGGUGUCUGUGCCCACAGGGAAGGCUCUUAGCCCAAGGAGUCUGCCAAGAGAAAGAGAUGGAAAGCCAAGGGAAAGGCAGCCCCGCCGGGAAGAUGACUGCCAUGGCUCACAGCCUGUCCCAAUUAAUGGAUUCUGACAUGGAUUAUGAGAGGCCAAACGUAGAAACUAUCAAGUGCGUCGUGGUCGGGGACAACGCGGUGGGCAAGACCCGGCUCAUCUGCGCCCGCGCCUGCAACGCCACGCUGACCCAGUACCAGCUCCUCGCCACCCACGUGCCCACGGUGUGGGCCAUCGACCAGUACCGCGUCUGCCAGGAGGUGCUGGAGCGCUCCCGGGAUGUGGUAGACGAUGUCAGCGUGUCCUUGCGGCUCUGGGACACCUUUGGUGACCACCACAAGGACAGGCGCUUUGCCUACGGCAGGUCCGACGUCGUGGUUCUGUGCUUCUCCAUCGCCAACCCCAACUCCCUGCACCACGUGAAGACCAUGUGGUACCCGGAGAUCAAGCACUUCUGCCCCCGCGCGCCCGUCAUCCUGGUGGGCUGCCAGCUCGACCUGCGCUACGCCGACCUGGAGGCCGUCAACCGGGCGCGGCGGCCCUUGGCCAGGCCGAUCAAACCUAACGAGAUCCUGCCCCCGGAGAAGGGGAGGGAGGUCGCCAAGGAGCUGGGGAUCCCCUACUACGAGACGAGCGUGGUGGCCCAGUUUGGCGUCAAGGACGUCUUUGACAACGCCAUCCGCGCCGCCCUCAUCUCCCGCCGCCACCUGCAGUUCUGGAAGUCCCACCUCCGCAACGUGCAGAGGCCUCUUCUCCAAGCCCCCUUCCUGCCCCCCAAGCCCCCUCCGCCCAUCAUCAUCGUCCCCGACCCCCCUUCCAACAACGAGGAGCGUCCAGCCCACCUCUUAGAGGACCCCCUGUGCGCGGACGUCAUCCUGGUGCUGCAAGAGAAGAUCAAAAUCUACGCACACAAGAUCUACCUCUCCACCUCCUCCUCCAAGUUCUACGACCUGUUCCUCAUGGACCUGAGCGAGGAGGACCAGCAGGGCGCUGCGGGGCACGGCUUCGGGGUGGCCGUCACCGCGGCCGCCGAGCGGAUGCUGCACCAGGAGGAGAGGCACCACGGGCGGGAUUUCCUCCUCAGGGCCGCCAGCUUCGACAUCUGCGAGAGCACCGAGGAGGCCGGAUCCGGCCAGCGCAAACCGUGCCUUAGAGCCUCCACCAGUGACGGGAUCCUGCGGGGCAACCGCUACGAGAACGGGGAGCGCGGGCUGCGGCGGGGCAGGAACCUCUCCUCGUGGAGCCGGGCUUUCACCAGCAUCCAGGAGGAGAUGGCCGAAGACCCGCUGACCUACAAGUCCAAGCUGAUGGUGGUGGUGAAGAUGGACGCUUCCAUCCAGCCGGGUCCCUUCCGGGCCGUGCUGAAGUACCUGUACACGGGGGAGCUGGAUGAGAACGAGCGGGACCUCAUGCACAUCGCUCACAUCGCCGAGCUGCUGGAGGUCUUCGACCUCCGGAUGAUGGUGGCCAACAUCCUCAACAACGAGGCGUUCAUGAACCAGGAGAUCACCAAAGCCUUCCACGUCCGGAGGACCAACCGGGUGAAGGAAUGCCUGGCCAAGGGGACUUUCUCGGAUGUCACCUUCGUGCUGGAUGACGGUGCUAUCAGUGCCCACAAGCCCCUGCUCAUCUCCAGCUGCGACUGGAUGGCCGCGAUGUUCGGUGGCCCCUUCGUGGAGAGCUCCACCAACGAGGUGGCACUUCCUCACACCAGCAAGAGCUGCAUGCGGGCGGUGCUGGAGUACCUGUACACGGGGCAGUUCAGCUCCAGCCCCGACCUCGACGACAUGAAGCUCAUCAUCCUCGCCAACCGCCUCUGCCUGCCGCACCUGGUGGCUCUCACAGAGCAGUACACGGUCACCGGCUUGAUGGAGGCGGCCCAGAUGAUGGUGGACAUCGAUGGGGACGUGCUCGUGUUCCUGGAGCUGGCUCAGUUCCACUGCGCCUACCAGCUCGCCGACUGGUGCCUCCAUCACAUCUGCACCAACUACAACAACGUCUGCCGCAAGUUCCCCCGGGACAUGAAGGCCAUGUCGGGAGAGAACCAGGAGUACUUCGAGAAGCACCGCUGGCCGCCGGUGUGGUACCUGAAGGAGGAGGAUCACUACCAGCGGGCGAAGAAGGAGCGGGAGAAGGAAGACUACCUCCACCUCAAACGGCAGCCCAAGAGGCGGUGGCUCUUCUGGAACGCCUCCUCCUCCCCUUCUUCCUCUCCUUCAUCGUCAGCAGCCACAGCCUCCUCUUCGUCCUCCUCCUCCUCCUCCUCGGCUGUGGUUUGA